GUGACCGCCACCAUACGGUAUGCUGUGAACGGAUGACACUCACUGAGUAGCAGCGGCUCCCAUCGGUCCGCUCACACGGUCGACUCCCCCCCAGGACGCUCAUGUCGACAACCACGUCAGUGGCGUCUGCGGGCCAGGCCCAGAUCUCGCAGCCCCCCGCCUCUGCUCCAUCGGCCUCGUUCUCCCCGCCACCCAACAACAAUAAUCCGGCGACGUCCGGCUCUACGUACUACUUUGGUUUCCUGGUCGCCUUUCUCGCCUUCCUGUUCCUGUUCCUCUCGCUCGGCCUCCUCGCCCGCCGGAGACGCAUGCACCUGAUGCGCGAGAUGAUGCUCUACGGUCGGACGACGACACGCGCGCGCCACCUCUGGUCGGACUUCAUGGCGAGUACCUGA